AGUAAACUGAUUCUGUUCAGAUAGUUGUUAGACAUGGGCGUGAACAGCUUUGAGCAUAAUUUAAAGGGUGGGAUUAUACACAUAUUGAAAUAACAUCUAAAUAGGAUCACUUAUUUCGUAAAUAAACAUAAAAUGGAAAUUCAUAGUCUCAUAUAAUUGAGUACAAAUAUGCAUUAUUAUUGUUUUAGAUUGGCUGAGAAAACAUAUUUAUGAAGAAAUCAAAAAACACAUGAUAUAAAUAAAAUUCAAGGUGAAUAUAAUGAUCAACAUGUUGAAGAAAUGUCAUUUUGUUUACUCUUAUCUGAAUCAUUUACGGUGAACACACCCAAACUGGUAUUUUUUUUCUGUUGAUUAUUGAAAGCAUAAAAAGUGGAUCGACUAAAUACUUUGAAGAAUGACUUUAAAAUGUCAAGCCGAUUCUCGAAAUGAAUAACCGAGUCAAUGGAGAUUGGGAAUUAAUAAAUUAAAACAAUCAGUGAGACAAUCAUUAUGCUGUUAUAUAUUGUCAGUUAUUUAUUCCGCUGUACAAAUUAUCGUUUACGUUCAAGAAAAUGCAAAUUUCUUUGUAUCAUUAUGCUUAGUAUAUUUUGGCUAUCAGUUAUUUGGUUAUUAAUAACCUUAUACAUGCAAGAAGAUUAUCAAUUAUUUCAUUAUCCACCAAAUAUAAAUCUAUAUCAAAUUUAUGAAAAAGAGAAAUUACACAUUAAUUCAAGUUUAUCACCUUUAUGGAAAAUAAUAUUUCCUCUUUCGUCUAAUUAUACAGAACAAUGUAUAUUUCAACAUCAUAAGUGUAAUAAUAAUAAUAAUAAUAAUUCCUCGUUAUUUCAGUCAUCAAAAUGUCAAACUGUUGAUAUUCUCUUAGUUAUUCGAUCACACGUGAAUAAUUUUGACCAACGAGAUGCUAUUCGUCAAACGUGGGGAAAUCAACAAUGCUAUGAAAAUUUCGGUGUACAUGUUCGUAUUCUAUUCAUUUUAGGCAAGCAGAUUAACAAUAAUAAUGAUCAUGAUGGAAGAAACUAUAACAUGUUGAAAUAUUCUAUGCAGAAUAAAAAUGUUCAUUUUGACAGUAGUAGUAGCAGUACUGGUAGUAGUGGUAGCAUAGACACACUGCUGAAGCUACACUAUGAGUAUUUUAUUCAUCAUGAUAUUAUUCAAUUCGAUUUUGAUGAUAAUGAUUCCAAUUUAUUGAAUAAAUGGAUUGGUAGUAUUGAUUUUAUUGUGAAAUAUUGUAAAAUUAAUGAAAAAUCUUUUAUUUUACUUCUAGAUGAUAAUUAUUUUUUACAUCCAAUAAAUUUAAUACAACUACUACAUCGUAUUACACCUGAACAGUAUAGAAUUUAUGCAUCUGGACAUGUGAAACGUAUCUCUUAUCCAGUACGUAUUCCAUUCUUAUCUAAAUAUAUAUCAUUAUCAAAUUAUCCAUUUAAUAUUUAUCCACCUUAUAUAAUUAGUGGAACAAUUAUAUUAAGUAUGCCUGUUGUUCAAUUAUUACGUGUUGGAUUUAAUUAUGUUACAAAUAUUCCAUAUGAUGAUAUAUUAUUAGGAAUUAUAUUAUUAAAAUUUGGUAUUGGUCCUAUUCAUUUGAAAAAUAUUUAUAUAACUCAUAGUUUCGAUAUGAAGACACUUAAACGAUUGCAAUUUAUCAGUGUUCCUGGUUUCAAUGAACCUUCACUGAUUCACUCAUUGUGGUCAACUUUAAAUAUGAAUUAUGUUUGUAAAAUAAAAAUGGGAAAAUGAUAAGAUAUUUAAAUUAUAUUUUGUAUUAUGUUAGUGAUAUUAUAUUAUUUUUGAAGUACUUUUUAUGAGACUACAUUCUUCUUAUUGAUUUUAUUGAAGCUAGAUCUGUGGUUGUGAAUUUUGUAAAAAUAAAAAUAAAAAAAAGAAUAAACAUAUUUUUAAUGGUGACUAGUUCCUAAUAUACUA